GACACCCUGUACUUCUAAGGAAUAUUAAAAAGCCAUUAGCUAGAUGACAGAUCUCAUUGAGCAACAGAAAAUUCAUACUGGAGAGAAACCAGUGAGUAUAGCAUAACCUCAUUGAAUAUUAGCAUUUUAUACUGGAGAGAUAGCUUUGGCUACGUGUGAUAAAAUUGUCUCAAACUUUAUCCUUUAUUCUACAUUUGAGAGGUCAUACACAGAGAAGCCUUAUAAAUGUAAGAAAUGUGGAAAUAUCUUCAGCCAAAAGUAAAUCCUCAUUCAUCAAAAAAUUCAUACUGGAAAGAAAUCUUGUGAAUGUGGGAAAGCUUCCAUUCCGAUGUCACACCUCAGCCAGCAGAGAAAUUGUAGCGGGGGAAACCCCUUUGCCUGUAAGGUAUGUGGGAAAAUCUUCAGCCACAAAUCCAAUCUCACUGAGCAUGAGUUUUUUCAUACUAGAGAGAAACCUUCUGAAUGUAAUGAAUGUGGGAAAGCCUUUAGCCAAAAACAGUACGUCAUUAAACAUCAGAACACCCAUACUGGAGAGAAGCUUUUUGAAUGUAAUGAUUGUGGAAAAUCCUUCAGCCAGGAAGAAAACCUCCUUACCCAUCAGAAAAUUCACACUGGAGAGAAACUUUUCGAGUGCAAAGAUUGUGAGAAAGCUUUCAUUCAGAAGUCAAACCUCAUCAGACACCACAUAACUCACAUGGGAGAGAAGCCCUUCAUAUGUAAGCAGUGUGGGAAAACCUUUAGUGGCAAAUCAAAUCUUACUGAGCAUGAGAAAAUUCAUAUUGGAGAGGAACCCUUUAAAUGUAAUGAAUGUGGGACAGCUUUUGGCCAGAUGAAGUACCUCAUAAAGCAUCAAAACAUUCACACUGGAGAGAAACCCUAUGAAUGUAAUGAAUGUGGAAAAGCUUUCUCUCAGCGAACAUCACUUAUUGUGCAUGUGAGAAUACAUUCAGGUGAUAGACCUUAUGAAUGCAAUGUAUGUGGAAAACCCUUCUCUCAGAGUUCAUCUCUCACUGUGCAUGUGAGAAGCCAUACAGGUGAGAAGCCCUAUGGUUGUAACAAAUGUGGGAAAGCUUUCUCACGGUUCUCAACCCUAGCCCUGCAUUUGAGAAUACACACAGGUAAGAAGCCUUAUCAAUGUAGUGAAUGUGGGAAAGCUUUCAGUCAGAAGUCACACCAUAUUAGACACCAGAAAAUUCAUACUCAUUAAAAAACAUGUGAAUAUCUUCAAAAUGGGAAAAUGUGCUCCAGGAAUUUGUAUCUCACAGUACAUCUGAAAUAUUUUGAAGCAAAGCACUGCAGGUGAGGUGAACUUUAACAAAUGCUAAAACUUACAGGAUACCAACUAGCUCAUACUGAAGAAAAAGAUUUUUGUAUGAUGAAAAGACUGCCUGACCAAGAAAACUGUAGCAGAGGUAAUAAUUAACUUUAAAUGCAUUUCCCUAAAAUUGGGUACAGAAAAUAGAGGCCUGUUACUGCUCUUGGCAUAAGUCUGGAGAUCUUCACCAAUAUAAGAAAAUAAGGUAUAAGUAUUAGGAAGAAACAAAAACAUAUGAUCAUCUACAAAUAAGCCUUUGUGACAGCGAUUCAGCAGAGCAGAAGAU